AUGCGCUAUUCGCUUCAGUCCGGCCUGAUUCUGGCCGCCUGCAUCGCCGCGCCUGUGGUGGAUGCCGAGCGCGUUCUGGGUGCAUACCUUUACUCGCGCCAUGGUGAUCGCACCGCGAAGGUGCUUGGCAACACCCAGUUGACUGACCUGGGUUACCACGAGGUCUUUUCGUCCGGUUCCUUCUAUCACGACCGGUACAUCGCUGCCGGCUCUGACGAGCAGAUCGAAGGAAUCAGUGAACCCAUCGUCAAUCCAAACCAAAUUUCUGCCAGCGCGCCCGAUGACGCCGUGCUGCAGAACUCGGCCACGGGUUUCUUGCAGGGAGUGUAUCCGCCAGCUCUCAAGGCAGCCUCGCAGACUUUGGGCAACGGCACUUUCAUCCAGUCGCCGCUGGACGGAUAUCAGAUCAUCCAGCUUCAAACCACGGACACCAGCCAAGACAGCGAGAGCUCUGCCUGGCUGCAGGGCUCCAGUGACUGCAGCAAGGCCACUGUCAGCAGCAACAACUACUACCUCUCCGACUCGUACAUGUCGAUGCUGGCGUCCACCAAGGAUUUCUAUACUUCGCUCUCGCCCAUGCUCAACGGCGCCUUCGGCGCGGACCAGAUGAGUUUCAAGAACGCCUACACCAUCUUCGACUACCUGAACGUGGGCUACAUCCACAACUCCACCAAGACCUUCCCUCUCCGGGACAACCUGACCACUGAGCUGUACGGCCAGCUGCUUCAAUUGGCCAGCAACCAGCAAUAUAACCUGGCUUUCAACGAGUCCGACCCGGUGCGCGCCAUUGACGGUGCCGUCCUUGCCGGCGAGAUCUUGUCUCAGCUCAACAAGACCAUCACCUCGGACGGCAAGACCAAGCUGGGAGUCCAGUUCGGUUCAUAUGGAACCUUCAUGUCUUUCUUCGGACUGAUGCAGCUGCCCGUCGCGUCUGUCAAUUUCACGGGCAUCUGUGACUAUGCGUCCACCUUUGUAUUGGAGCUGGUGACCAACGCUACCGGCAGCGGUAUCCCCUCGACCGACGAUAUCAGCGUGCGCUUCAUGUUCCACAACGGCACCAUCACUGGUUCUGACGAGCCCACCGUUUACCCGCUGUUCGGACAGCGGAACGACCUCAUCUCCUGGGACGACUUCAAGACUCAGACCGAGAAGAUCGCGAUCCUCUCGGACGACCAGUGGUGUAACCAGUGCGGCAACACCGGUGGCAAGUGCGCCAGCUCCGCAAGCACCAGCUCGACCUCCGAUUCGACUGGCUCUUCUAGCAGCGGCUCUGGCGGUAUGUCGCGUGCCGUGGCCGGCGUUAUUGGCGCUAUGGUGACUCUCGCCGUGAUCUUGGGCUUGGAGGCCCUGUUCUUCCUGGUCGGUGGAUUCCGCAUCGCCAAGCGCCGUAAGAGCGGCCCCGAGAUGAGCUCGUCUGCUGCUGUGGCCGAGGAUAAGUAG